AUGAAGGAAGAACAAAGAGAUUUAUAUUCAUUAAUUAUAAAUCAAUUAGUACAUGAUGGAUAUUUGAAUGAAGCGACUAAAAUUAGUGAAUCUACAAUGAUACCAUGUCCAAUUAAAGGAGAGGCGAGUAAUAAAUUAUUUUCAUUGUAUCAAUCUACUAUAUCAGGCAGUGGUGGAUUAGGUAUGCAUAGUGGAAUUAAUAGAGUAAACUCAAAUAUGGAUAUAGAUGAUGAUUCAAGUACAAUAGGAUCAAGUGGUGGUAAAAAUUCAAUUGAAGAUAUUAUAAAUAUGAAAGAAUGUUUAGAUUUUGAUGAUCCAAUACAACAACAACAAUUAAUAACUGGUAGUAGCAGUACUUCAACCACUGCCACCACCACCACUACUAGCAGUAGUAGUAGUAGUAGUACAAGUGACGGUACAACAAAUACAACAGGAAUUAUAACUGAAAAAGUACAACAACAACAAUUACAACCAAAUUUUAUAACGAAAUUUAUUACAACUCAUAAAAAUGCAUGUAGAUGUGCAAAAUUUAGUUGGGAUGGUAAAUAUGUAGCAACAGGGUCAUCAGAUACAUCAAUUAAAUUAUUAGAUGUUAAUAAGAUGAGAAAUUAUAAUCAAACAAAGAAUGAAACCACUGAAGAUUCAGCACCAUCAAGACCAGUGAUAAGAACAUUUUAUGAUCAUACGAUGCCAAUUAAUGAUUUAGAUUUUCAUCCAUCAGCACCCAUUCUAUCAUCGGCAUCAAAAGAUGGUACUAUUAGAUUCUACGAUUAUAAAUCAUCAUUAAAACGUUCAUUUAAAUAUAUACAAGAUACUCAUGGUAUACGUUCAAUCAAUUUUCAUCCAUGUGGUGAUUUAAUAUUGGCUGGCACUGAUCACCAAAUGAUUAGACUUUACAAUGUAAAUACAUUUCAAUCAUUCACAGCAAGAAAGAUCAAUGAACAUCAUCAUGGUCCAAUCAACCAAGUUAGGUUCUCACUGGAUGGUAAUAUCUUUGCAAGUUGUUCAAAAGAUAAUACAAUCAAAAUUUGGGAUUCAAAUAAUUUUAGUUUAAUUUCAACUUUAAAUUCACCCCAUGGUGGUAAAGAACCAACUACCGUUCAAAUUAGUAGGAAUCAAAAAUACCUCUUAUCAUGUGGUCGUGAUUCAAUGAUUAAACUAUGGGAGAUUACUUCAGGUCGUUUGAUCUAUAGUAUCAAUACAGGUGUAAAUCAAAGUGGUGGUCAAAAUAAAAAUAGAAUCUCUGCAACCUUUAAUUAUACUGAAGAUUAUAUCAUAACAAAUGAUGAACAACCCUCUGUCGCUGUGGUUUACAAUUCAAGAACAAAAGAACAAGUUCAAAAAUUAACUGGUCAUAAUAAUACUGUUCGUUAUAUUGCUGCCUCACCAGUUGAAAAUGCUUUAAUGACAUGUAGUUUAGAUCAUAGAGGUAGAUUUUGGACUGAUGAUACUUUAUCUUUAUCUUCAAAUCCAAUUAAUAAUAAUAAUAAUAUUGUUAAUAAAUUAGAUGUUGAUAUUUAA